AUGGCUGGGGCGCGCAUCCUGCUCUAUCUGUGGCUGGGCUUCUUCGGCGUGAGCCUAGUGCAGGGAGAGAGACCGAAACAACAUUUGCCUGAGCUCCACCAAGCUAUGCCAGGAGACCGCACGGCAGGUGGUGGCCCUGGCCCAGAGCUGCAGCCUCUUGACAAGGUGUCGGAGCAUAUGCUGCGGCUCUAUGACAGGUACAGCGACAGUGGCAGAGUGGAGGCAGCACGGAUGCCAAGCUCCCGACAACGAAGCUCGCAGCCCCGGCGCCCUCAGCCCUUGCGCGAAGGCAACACAGUUCGCAGCUUUCGUGCGGGAGCAGCAG